GUAAAAUCAACAUGGCGACCGGCGUUGUAUAAAAUAGUCAAGAUGGCUGCCAUUUUUUAAUGAGUGAUUGAAACUAAAACAAAUUUGUUGUUUGCAAAUUAAUUGAAUUCCACUUCAGUGUUUGUCGUGUAUGUUAUUUUUAAUUCAAUUAACAAAUGGCUUGGCCUUUACCUAAUGUCAGCCAAUGGAAUCCUGGUCUUGCUAUGGCUGCUGAUGUUUCGGCCAUGAAUUUGGGUUCAUAUACCCCAGAGCAGUGGACUUUAUUGCAGCAGCAAAAUUGGCAACAAUGGACUCAAUGGCAGCAACAGUAUGCUCAGUGGCAAACGCAAUACGGCGAUAAGUAUGCAGAGCAAUUGCAAGCAAUGCAAGCUAUGGGUGUAGCUCCACCACCUCCGGUGAACAAUGCACAACCUCCUGCUCCUCCACCUCCCGAUAAACCUCCACCUCCACCACCUCAUGAGAAUGAUCAACCAUUGUAUGGCAAUCCUGAACCAAAAACUUCUGCACCCUCUCAAACCCAAGCUUAUAACAAAUCAAGUGAUGCUAAUACCAACAUAAAUACAGGUAACAAUCAGAAUUGGUCAUAUAAUACAGAUGCACGCAACAAUGAGCCUGUAGCAGCCCCAAAUGUAACUUCAGUUAACUCUGAGGCAUUGAGAAAAUUAGCAGAGGAGGAACGUCUCUUUGACAUCCAAUUUCAGAAAUGGGAAGAGGAAAUACUUAAGUGGAAAGAAGAAAAUGUGAAUCAUCCAGAUAAAAGAGCUUAUAGUGAAUAUGAACAAAAGUUUGAAGCUUGCCGAGCUCAACUCUUGGAAAGAAGACAACAGAUGAAAUUAAAACGUGCUCGCCUGUUAAGUAAUGUUCCACAACCUACAAACACCACUGGCACAGGUAAUAAUAUAUCUACAACUAUUCCUCCACAACUUCAGAAUUCAAAUUUUAGCCAACAAACCUCAAAUAAUCAACCAAGCCAUCAAAUUAGCAAACCUGCUCAAAAUUAUCAUCAACAUAAAAAUGUACCACAAUACCAACAGUAUAAUAAUGUACAUCAGCAAGAAUUUAAUAGGAGUAACAAUAAAGAUAUUGAUCCACAAGAUAGAUUUGAAUCAUAUCAGCAAAGGAUGGAGGAUUAUUCACCAGGGAAUAUUGAAAAUUCUACUUUUUUACCUACUAGUGGGACAUCAAAAGGUAUACCAGGUCUAGAUUUAGUACCAGAUGCAGAAAAAGGAAGAGAUAUAAUCAAUAUUACAGAAGAUAAGAUAGAUGUGAGGCCAUAUCCAAAAACUGGUCCUCUUCCACCUGAUUAUUCAACUAUUUCAAAAGGAAUAAAUAACAUCCUGGGUGAUGAGAAAAUUAUGAAUAUUCUUUCAAUGAUGCAAAACCAAAAAUCGUCUACUGCCCCUAAUAUACAAAACAAUCUGAAUGUUAAUCUUCCACAAUCAAAUAUUCCAUAUCCAGAUAACCUUAAUCUUAUUCCUUCAGUAGCUUCUUGGAACCGAAAUGAUAGCUACAAUAACCCGCUUGAUCAAAGACAAUCAUCUGGUGGUAACUAUGAUAAAAGACAGGCGCUAAGUAACUUAGAUCUGAGAAAUCCUCCCAGUAACUUUGAUAUGAGAAAUUCUCCUAGUAACUUUGAUAUGAGAAAUUCUCCCAGUAACUUUGACAUGAGAAAUUCCCCCAGUAACUUUGAAAUUAGAAAUCAUGCUAUUAACUUUGAUAAUAGACAGCCGCUUAAUAACUUUGAGAAAAGACAACCUGAUAGAAACUUUGAUAACAGGCAGCCUCCUACUAGUUAUGAUAAUAGAUUGCCUCCAGGUAAUUUUGAUAACAGGCAUCCUAUAAGGCCUCCUAGCAACUAUGAUAGUAGUCAGCCAAGGGAAUGUUUUGAUAAUAGUCAACAAAGCAGUGGCUCUGAGGAUAGGCAUCAGCCUAAUAAUAAUUUGGAUACUAGACAAAAUAUGCCAUUUAACAGACAAAAUGUUAAUUUUCCAUUGGGCCAAGGGGUAAAAAGGCCACAAUCAUAUUCUGAAUCUACACAGGACAGACUUAAUCAAAACUUCAAUGAAAGGGAUACACAGUUUGCUGAUGAUCAACAGCAACCAGUUCAUAAUACCUAUGACCUGUAUGAAAAUGCUGGCUUGCCCCCCAUUGGAGGACGGCCUCCUAUCAGACCUCAGGGAUCUCUACCAAGGCCAAUGAAUCCUAUCUCAGCAAGUAUAGAUUAUCCCAGAGGUUUUGAUAGGAUACCUAUGCAAGAAAAUAUUAGUGCACCUAUAGUACUACCUCCUAAACCUAAAUGGGUAGAAGAACCACUUUUUACUCCAUCUAUUAUCGUUGAGUAUGAGCACAAGCCCUUGAGACUGAAAGCUCGUGACUUUAUAGAACCUGUUCAUACUUUUGAUUAUAAUCACAAAUCAAAAGAUGCUGAUGUUAAGAAGAUGGAUUUUGAAAAAGAAGUUGAAGGCUUGUUUUCAAGGGCCCCACGAACAUAUGAAAAUGAGCAUGGAAGAUAUUCAAAAGAUCUAAUUUCUAGAGAUUAUGACAGACAAAUGCCUGAAGAUAGGAGGCGAGAUGAACUUAGGCAAAAGUCCCCGAAAGAGGACUAUCCUCACAUAUAUCGAGAUGAAAGGCUCAGAGUAGAUGAAAGAUUUGAAAGACGCGAUGACCGAGACGUUAGAUUUAAUAGACGAGAAGAUUAUAGGGAAAGAGAUUUCGAUGUAAGUAUGAGAGAUAGAGAUACAAUGCGAGACAGAGAUAUGAUGCGAGACAGAGAUAUAAUGCGAGAUAGAGAUAUAAUGCGAGAUAGAGAUGUUAUGCGAGAUCGAGAAAGAGAUUUUGGCCGUGAUAGAGAAGGGAGGGAAAGAGAUUUUGGUAGGGGAAGAGAUGUAGGAAGCUAUAGAGAUAUCGGUAGAGAUAGGGAUUUAGGAAGGGAUAGAAGGGAAAGGGUCUCAAGCAGAGAUAGAGACAUAGGUAGAGACAGAGAGAGAGAUAGACCCAGAGAUAGAAUUCGCAGUAACAGCCGCGAAAGAGACGUUCGUAAACGUGGCCCCAGCUUAGAUAGUGAAGUAAGUAGUUCCUCAAAUAGUAAAAGAAAAAGAGAAAUAGAUGAUAAGCAACCUAGGCAUGUUGUCAUGAUUGACGAUUUAUUGGAAACGCCGGGAAGAGAAAUGAGACCAGAAAAAAUAUUAAUUAUACUAAGAGGUCCUCCAGGUUGUGGAAAAUCAUAUUUAGCUAAAUUAAUUAGAGACAGAGAAGCUGAGCAAGGCGGUACUGUUAGAAUUAUGUCAAUUGAUGAUUAUUUCAUGCAAGAAGGGGAAAUUGAAGAGAGGGACCCUACAACAGGAAAGAUGAUAAAAAAACCUUCAUUGAAAUAUGAAUAUGAUGAACAAUUAGAAGAAUCCUAUAUAAUGUCCCUAAAAAGAGCUCUUAAGAGGAGUAUCACGGAUGGAUAUUUCUCGUUUAUAAUAUUUGAUGCUGUUAAUGAUCAAUUAAAAAGUUAUGCCGAUAUGUGGAAUUUUGCUAGACAAUAUGGAUUCCAAAGUAAAUGUUUAAAUACAUUUUGCAGUGAAAUGAAGAUCAGCGUUAAACCGGUGUAA